AUGGACAAAGGACCGUCGAAACGACCCACGCGCGGUUUUGAUCGCUCCGAACAUGCUGCCGACAAACGAGACGUGAAGCCCGCGUUUCCCCGAACCAAUACGCCGCCACCCGAAGCAGGCACGAAGCCCAAGACCAAGAACUACACCGCACGACGGAGACUGCUCCUGUCGUACUGCGAGACGAUCGUGUCCGCCGAGACGUGCGUCAGACGGGGAAUGCCUUCGGCCAUCGCUGACGAUUCCGACGAUCUCGUCGACGCGAAGCUGUUGGAGCUGCUUGAGGUUGCUCGGCAGGCCAUUGAUUUGGAGAAGGAAACGAAGAGCAAUUCACCUUGA